CCCCAUGGUCUUGAUAUCAUAAACACAAGAUUUGAAUCGAGUAAAAACCUCUUCUCGCUAUCUUCCCCUAAAUCAAGCACUCAUCUUUCCCAAUUCCCAACCUUUCCUUUUUUCUUGUUGAAAUCUCUUCAACAACACCCAUUUCAAAAACUCCCAUCUUCAUCAAUAAUUGGUUCAUAAAUUCUUUGCCGUCAUGGGUCAUAAGCAUUUACAUGAGUUGUUAAGUGAAGAUCAAGAACCAUUUCAGCUCAAGAAUUACAUCGCCGACCGCCGUUGUCAGCUGAAAUCAGCCACACCAUAUUCCGCCGGAGAAACCGCACUUAAACCAAGGAAACGAAAACCUUUAAUCCAAUCCACCUCUGCUUCCACCACUGCUCGUAAUUUCUGCAUCAAUCAUGUCUGUUUAUUCUCUUUCCAUGAUUCACCCGACGUUAGGAGAUCCCCGUUUCUUGAGUUCCCCUCGCCGGCGAUUAAGAGCCCAUAUAAUAAUAAUGGUAAAACUCCCAACAACGCCACCGUCUUCCUCCAUAUUCCGUCCAGAACCGCCGCCAUGCUACUCGAUGCCGCCAUUAGGAUCCAGAAGCAAAAACAACCUACUCAUAAACACAAACCCAAAUACGAGUCAUCCAGGAAUGCAGGGUUCGGGCUUUUCGGAUCUCUUUUCAAGAGGUUGAAGGAUCGGAGAACCCGAAUAAAACACCGUGAAAUCAGCCUAUCCUCACCGCCGACUAGCAGAAAUCUGAAAAGGGACUCCGAUUUGGAUGUUGCCGGUAAUAAUAGCAGGCUUACUAGUCCAGAUUGGUCGGAAAAGUUGUCGGAUUUGGAGACUUCUUGUAGCUCGUGGUCAGUUCAUGAUGAAUUUAUGAGUGAAAACUGCUUCUGCUCAAGCCCUUUCCGUUUUUCUCUUGAGAGAAGUCCUUCCUCCGGCCACCGGACGCCGGAUUUCGUAUCGCCGGAAACAACUCCGACUCACCAUCUGCAACAGGAGACAUGUCAAGAGAUUCAUUUAGAAGAGGAGGAUAAGGAACAAUGCAGCCCGGUAUCGGUGUUGGAUCCUCUUUACGAGGAAGACGAGGAAGAACACGAUGGCGUGGCCAUGGAGGAGGACGGAUACGAUAUCGAAUGCAGCUUCGCAAAUGUACAAAGAGCAAAACAUCAACUUUUGCAAAAGCUGCACCGAUUCGAGAAGCUUGCGAAGUUGGAUCCAAUUGAACUUGAAAAACACAUGUUAGAACAAUAUUGUCAAGAAGAAGACUCAAGCAACGAGAUGGUCUUACGUGAUAUCUUCAAUGUUUUAGGUGGCGGAAAAGUCCCGACACAUGUGAAAAGGAUCGUUUCGGACCUUGUUGCAGAAGAAAACAAGAACGAAGAAGAACGUGGAGUGGUGGUGAGACGGGUUCUUAGCAGAUUGGAAUCGUGGGAAAUGGUUGAAUCGAACACGAUCGAUAUGAUGGUGGAAUUAGAAUUUAGAAAAGAGAAAGGUGAAGGGUGGAGGAGGUAUGAUGAAGUGAAGAUCAAAGAGAUUGGAAUGGAGAUAGAAGUCGCCAUUUUUGGUGGUUUUGUGGAGGAAUUAACUCAAGAACUUCUGAUAGUUUCUGGAGAUUAAUGGGUUUUAAAUCUCUACUCAAUUUUGGUCUAUUUUUAUUCAUUUUACUUGUUAUUUUGUGGUAACAUUAUAAC